AUGUUUGACCUUGGUUAUGAGAUGGCCGCAGUUUUUUGGAGGGCGUUUCGCCGAUUCUACUGCUGCCACGCUCGUCCCGCACUCGCUGGUGAAGAAAUGUCGGGGCCUAUAAAGGACUCGGCUUCUUCUGUCUCGCAACCAAUACUGAUAUCGCCGACACCAACUUCAGAGGAGAUGUCAGAGGAGCGUGAACUAACUAGAUAUGAACGUUAUUUGAAAGUUGUUGCAGCCGUUUCUGCGUACUGGACUUGCUCCAUCGGCCUCGUAUUUCUCAAUAAAUAUCUGUUGAGUAGCGACGAUCUUAAGCUUAAUGCCCCUCUUUUUGUCACUUGGUUUCAAUGUGUUGUUACUGUUAUAUUGUGCUUCUCCCUAUCCUUUUUAUCAAAAAGCUUCCCAAACACCAUCAACUUUCCCAGGAUGAGUGUCGAUGCGAAGCUCAGUAGAGAGGUGUUACCUCUAUCUAUCGUCUUCGUUGCCAUGAUCUCUUUCAAUAACUUAUGCCUCAAAUACGUCGGUGUUUCUUUCUAUUAUGUUGGACGGUGCUUAACAACUGUGUUCAAUGUGAUGUGCACUUAUCUGAUCUUGGGACAAAAGACGUCCGCAAGAGCCAUAGGUUGUUGUUUCGUCAUCAUUGCGGGAUUUCUUCUUGGCGUGGAUCAAGAAGAUGCGUCCGGAACUCUUUCUGUGAUGGGUGUCAUUUACGGUGUGCUAGCAUCUCUGUGCGUUGCGCUGAACGCCAUUUAUACCCAAAGUACACUCCCUAUCGUUGGUGACUCCAUUUGGCGGUUGACUAUGUACAAUAAUCUGAAUGCAAUGGUCUUAUUCCUACCACUCAUGUUAUUUUUCGGAGAACUGGGUGAAGUGAUAUACUUCCCACGUCUUUUCAAUCUGUUGUUUUGGAUGUGGAUGUGCUUAUCUGGAGUUUUUGGUUUUGCCAUGGGAUAUGUUACUGGAUGGCAAAUUCAGGCUACUUCAGCACUUACUCACAACAUAUCGGGGACUGCGAAGGCGGCAGCUCAAACAGUGAUGGCAGUCAUAUAUUUUUCAGAAGUCAAAACGUUCAUGUGGUGGGUCAGCAAUGUAAUCGUCUUGUUUGGAUCUGCUGCAUAUACUUACGUGAGGAAACAAGAGAUGGACAAGAAGGUCGUUGUCAUGAAAACAGAGGACCGCAAACCGUUGAUGAGUACAAAAGUAGAUGACGAUCAAGAUCUGGUAUAGUUAAACAGUAUCCUGUUGCCCACUCAAAUUCACUUUAACCAGCUAUUUCGUCAUAUCUUCAUCUAAUCAUUGUUACUUGUGAUUUUUCUACGUCUGCAUUGUGCAAUUAGACCGUAUGGUCAUAUAGUUUAGUGGUCUCGAUUGUAAAUAUAGUAAUUUCUCAAUUGGGAGCUUUGACAUUGUUACUCUUACAUCAUGACUCUGUAAAGAUGAACUUUUUAGUGGUUUAGAUGUCAUUGAGAGGUAAAUUUUGUUGUUAUAUGAAUAAAUAUAUCUAUCU